AUGAGGACAGUAUUGUUUUUGGCGGCCUGCGUGGCUACAUUCCACGUGGCUCUCUCGAGCGUUGAUAAUGGCAAAAGCAUCGGCAACAAUAAUAAAGCCAGAACCGACGACGGAUACCAGCUGCGAGUGCAGAGAAGUUUAGCCCCACCUGUCUGCCCCUCUGGGGAAGUUUGGAAUACGUGCCCCACCGUCCCAUGCGAAGGGGACAACUGUGCCAAAACCAAAGACUCGCCACAAAGUUGUCCGACCGGAAUAGUGUGCAGUAAACCACGAUGUGUGUGCGGCUACAACAGAAAAAGAGCUGAAAAUGGCACUUGUAUCCCAAUACCUGACUGUCCACCGUUUAAAUGCGGUAAGAACGAAACGUACGUAGCGUGCUCAUCCAACUGCCCAGGGGAGAAAUGUAGCGACUACAUCAAUCAUACCAAAUGUCCACCAUACAAGAUCGGCAUUGUAGUAAAUUGCAAGCCGGCGUGUAAAUGCAAGAAGGGCUACUACAGGGACGAGAAAGGAAACUGCAUUCUGGCUUGUGACUGUACUCAACCCCCGCCCAAAUGCGGAAAGAACGAGGUGUACGACGAUUGCUCUUCCACAAGUUGUAAGCCGUCACUUUGUUCCGAGCUCGGUUACCCGUUGAACUGUGAUAAGAAAUGUAAGCCAGGAUGCAAGUGCAAGGAUGGCCAUGUUCGCAAUGGCAAGGAUGUUUGUAUCCCUAUAAAUACCUGUCCAUCAUGUGGUGGAGACGAAAACGCUCAGUCAGGAUGUGGCACUAACUGUGGCAAAACAUGCGCUGCGAUUGGCCAAAAACUUCCUAUAAUUUGUCCAUUGAUUUGUGAGCUCAACGGUUGCGAUUGCAGGGUUGGAUUCUAUUAUGACCCUAAUCAGAAAAAAUGCGUUAAGAAAGAGGACUGUACGCCAACCUGCAAAGCAAAUGAAGUAUAUUCCUCUUGCAUAAAUGGCGGAUGUGGCGCUAAAAACUGCAGUCAGAUAAACAAGUCAAGCAUCUGUGUAGAUCCAGCAAUUUGUAGAAAGGGAUGCAUUUGUAAGGAGGGUUACUUGAAAGCCGACAAUGGAACUUGUAUACCAAAGGACCAGUGCCCACAAAAUUGUCCCGGACAGAAUGAAUACUAUGAGCCAUGCAUCAAUGUGUGCGGAAGCCAGAAAUGCUCCGACAGAGCCAAGAUCUACCACUGCCCCAUCAUAGUGCCGGGAAAGUGUGGCUCAUCCGGGUGUCGUUGCAAGCCUGGUUACCUAAAGGAUGCUAAAGGAGUUUGCGUUCCAGAAAAGGAAUGCCCCCCACCUGACUGCCCCUCUGGGGAAGUUUGGGAUACGUGCCCCACCGUCCCAUGCGAAGGGGACAACUGUGCCAAAACCAAAGACUCGCCACAAAGUUGUCCGACCGGGAUAGUGUGCAGUAAACCACGAUGCGUGUGUGGCUACAACAGGAAAAGAGCUGAGAAUAGCACUUGUAUCCCAAUACCUGACUGUCCACCGUUUAAAUGCGGUAAGAACGAAACGUACGUAGCGUGCUCAUCCAACUGCCCAGGGGAGAAAUGUAGCGACUACAUCAACCAAACCAAAUGUCCACCAUACAGGAUCGGCACUAUAGUAAAUUGCAAGCCGGCGUGUAAAUGCAAAAAGGGCUACUACAGGGACGAGAAAGAAAACUGCAUUUUAGCUUGUGACUGUACUCAACCCCCGCCCAAAUGCGGCAAGAACGAGGUAUACGAUGAUUGCUCUUCCACGAUUUGUAAGCCGAAUCUUUGUUCCGAGCUCGGUUACCCGUUGAACUGUGAUAAGAAAUGUAAGCCAGGAUGCAAGUGCAAGGAUGGCCAUGUUCGCAACGGCAAGGAUGUUUGUAUCCCUAUAAAUACUUGUCCAUCAUGUGGUGGAGACGAAAACGCCCAGUCAGGAUGUGGCACUAACUGUGGCAAAACAUGCGCUUCGAUUGGCCGAAAAUCUCCUAUAAAUUGUCCAUUGAUUUGUAAGCUCAACGGUUGCGAUUGCAGGAAUGGAUUCUAUUAUGAUCCUAAUCAGAAAAAAUGCGUAAAGAAAGAGGACUGCACGCCAACCUGCAAAGAGAACGAAGUAUAUUCCUCUUGCAUAAAUGGCGGAUGUGGCCCGAAAAACUGCAGUCAGAUAAACAAGCCAAAAAUAUGUGUAGAUCGAGUAAUUUGUAAAAAGGGAUGCAUUUGUAAGGAGGAUUACUUGAAAGCCGACAAUGGAACUUGUAUACCAAAGGACCAGUGCCCACGUUGCGGAGGUGAUCAAAACUCGCACCCCGGCUGCGGCGUGAACUGCGGCAGGACUUGCUCCACCUACAAGCAUAAAUAUGUAGCCUGCAUUCUCGAUUGUGACGUCGACGGAUGCGACUGCAACGAGGGCUACGUUUACGACCCUAACGUCAAGAAAUGCGUUUUACCCAAACAUUGCACGCCAACAUGUGGACGUAACGAAGUGUAUUCGACAUGCACCAACGGCGGCUGCUCUCGUAGGAACUGCAGCCAACUGGGCAAGCCUGAAAUUUGCAUCAAUAGAACUCCUGAGUCCUGCAUCAAAGGAUGUGUUUGUGCCGAUGGUUACCUGCGUCAUGUCAAUGGAACUUGCGUUCUUGAAAAGCAGUGCCCUCAACCCGAAUGUGGCGGCGACAUACACGCCCACUCGGGUUGUGGCGUUAACUGCGGAAAAACAUGUAGGACUUACAAGGCCAAGAACCCAGUCUGCCCUCGGAUCUGCAAGGUCGGCGGCUGCGACUGCAACGAUGGAUACGUGUAUGACGACAACCUUGGCAGAUGCGUGUUACCUGAUAAUUGCACACCCGAAACCGAUGAUCGGUGCCCCGGACAAAACGAGUACUACGACACCUGUAUCAGUGGCUGCUCCAACCAGAGCUGCAGCGACAUCGGCAAGGUCUUCCACUGCCCGCUCCAACCGGCUGUAUGUAGAGAAGGCUGCCGGUGUAAAGCAGGCUAUUGGAGGAAUGCUGACAAUGUUUGUGUGCCGGAAAGCGAGUGUCCCCCACCUGACUGCCCCUCCGGAGAAGUUUGGAAUUCGUGCCCCACCGUCCCAUGUGAAGGGGACAACUGUGCCAAAACCAAAGACUCGCCACAAAGUUGUCCGACCGGGAUAGUGUGCAGUAAACCACGAUGCGUGUGCGGCUACAACAGGAAAAGAGCUGAGAAUGGCACUUGUAUCCCAAUACCUGACUGUCCACCGUUUAAAUGCGGUAAGAACGAAACGUACGUAGCGUGCUCAUCCAACUGCCCAGGGGAGAAAUGUAGCGACUACAUCAAUCAUACCAAAUGUCCACCAUACAGGAUCGGCAUUGUAGUAAAUUGCAAGCCGGCGUGUAAAUGCAAGAAGGGCUACUACAGGGACGAGAAAGGAAACUGCAUUCUGAAAGUAGCCACGGUUCGGCAGCACACGCUACCCAAAACAAGAAUGUGGAAGGUGCUGCUACUCUUGGCCUGUGUGGCUGGUCCCGCUGUCGUCUUUUGCGAUGGUUGCGGAGGUGAUCCAAACUCGCACCCCGGCUGCGGCGUGAACUGCGGCAGGACUUGCUCCACCUACAAGACUAAAUAUGUAGCCUGCAUUCUCGAAUGUGACGUCGACGGAUGCGACUGCAACGAUGGCUACGUUUACGACCCUAACGUCAAGAAAUGCGUUUUACCCAAAGAUUGCACGCCAACAUGUGGACUUCACGAAGUGUAUUCGACAUGCACCAACGGCGGCUGCUCUCGUAGGAACUGCAGCCAACUGGGCAAGCCUCAAAUUUGCAUUGAUAGAACUCCUGAGUCCUGCACCAAAGGAUGCGUUUGUGCCGAUGGUUACCUGCGUAAUGCCAAUGGAACUUGCGUUCUUGAAAACCAGUGCCCUCAAUCCGGAUGCGGCGGUGAUCCAAAUGCACAGCCCGGUUGUGGUAUAAACUGCGGACAGAGGUGCUCUGACUACAAGGCAAAAAAUAAAGAACUUAUCUGCGCGCGCUACGCAUGCACACCUGACAAAUGCGACUGCAAGGACGGUUUUGUAUUCGACAACAACGUUAAGAAAUGCGUCGUGCCAGAGCAAUGCACGCCAACAUGUGGACAUAACGAAGUGUUUUCAACAUGCACCAACGGCGGCUGCUCUCGUAGGAACUGCAGCCAACUGGGCAAGCCUGAAGUCUGCAUCAAGACGACUCCCGAAUCCUGCACCAAAGGAUGCGUUUGCGCCGAUGGCUACCUGCGUAAUGCAAAUGGAACUUGCGUUCUGGAAAACCAGUGUCCUCAAACCGGAUGCGGUGGUGAUCCAAACGCACAGCCCGGUUGUGGUAUAAACUGCGGACAGAAGUGCUCUGACUACAAAAUCCAGGAUAAACAACUUCUCUGCCCGCGCAUAGAGUGUAAACCUGACAAAUGCGACUGCAAGGACGGUUUUGUGUUUGACGACAAUCUUAAGAAAUGCGUCGUGCCAGAGCAAUGCACGCCAACAUGUGGACUUCACGAAGUGUAUUCGACAUGCACCAACGGCGGCUGCUCUCGUAGGAACUGCAGCCAACUGGGCAAGCCUCAAGUCUGCAUCAAGAUGACUCCCGAGUCCUGCACCAAAGGAUGCGUUUGCGCCGAUGGCUACUUGCGUAAUGCAAAUGGAACUUGCGUUCUUGAAAACCAGUGUCCUCAAACCGGGUGCGGUGGUGAUCCAAACGCAAAGCCCGGUUGUGGUAUAAACUGCGGACAGAAGUGCUCUGACUACAAAAUCAAGGAUAAACAACUUCUCUGCCCGCGCAUAGAGUGUAAACCUGACAAAUGCGACUGCAAGGACGGUUUUGUAUUUGACGACAAUCUUAAGAAAUGCGUCGUGCCAGAGCAAUGCACGCCAACAUGUGGACUAAGCGAAGUGUAUUCGACAUGUACCAACGGCGGCUGCUCUCGUCGGAACUGCAGCCAACUGGGCAAGCCUCAAGUCUGCAUCGAGAGGACUCCCGAGUCCUGCACCAAAGGAUGCGUUUGCGCGGAUGGCUACCUGCGUAAUGCAAAUGGUGUUUGCGUUCUUGAAAAUCAGUGUCCUCAACCCGGAUGCGGUGGUGAUCCAAACGCACAGCCCGGUUGUGGUAUAAACUGCGGACAGAAGUGCUCUGACUACAAAAUCCAGGAUAAACAACUUCUCUGCCCGCGCAUAGAGUGUAAACCUGACAAAUGCGACUGCAAGGACGGUUUUGUAUUUGACGAAAAUCUUAAGAAAUGCGUCGUGCCAGAGCAAUGCACGCCAACAUGUGGACUUAGCGAAGUGUAUUCGACAUGCACCAACGGCGGCUGCUCUCGUAGGAACUGCAGCCAACUGGGCAAGCCUCAAGUCUGCAUCGACAGGACUCCCGAGUCCUGCACCAAAGGAUGCGUUUGCGCCGAUGGCUACCUACGUAAUACAAAUGGUGUUUGUGUUCUUGAAAACCAGUGUCCUCAAACCGGAUGCGGCGGUGAUCCAAACGCAAAGCCCGGUUGUGGUAUAAACUGCGGACGGAGGUGCUCUGACUACAAGGUCAAGAAUAAACAACUUCACUGCCCGCGCUACGCAUGCAAACCUGACAAAUGCGACUGCAAGGACGGUUUUGUAUUUGACGACAAUCUUAAGAAAUGCGUCGUGCCAGAGCAAUGCACACCAGAAACCGAUGAUCGGUGCCCCGGACAAAACGAGUAUUACGACACCUGCAUCAGUGGCUGCUCCAACCAGAGCUGUAACGACAUCGGCAAGGUCUUCCACUGCCCGAUCCAACCGGCUGUAUGUAGAGAAGGCUGCCGGUGUAAAGCAGGCUAUUGGAGGAAUGCUGACGAUGUCUGUGUGACGGAAAGCGAGUGUCACUUAUGGCCUACUACGAUGCCACUGUGCGCGGACGGCGCGCCUACAGCCGCGGCCGCGGCCGAGCCCAGCAGCAGCAGGGCGCACACCGCGCGCGGAGGUAGCGGUCGGCACGAUUUCGUCGGUGAUGAUUCGGACGACGACGCGAAGCCAACUACUACUGCAAAGCCAACCUCCGGUUCUAGUGGCAGCGAUGCCGUAGCUAGCCUACAAACUGGUGUCACUAACUUCAAUGGCGAAUUCCUUUAUGAACGAUUGAUAGCUGAGCCGGGAACGAAUCUUAUUACGUCGCCGUAUUCGGUGUUUACUCCGCUAGUCCAACUGUUUUUGUACACCACCGGAGACGCCCUUAAACAACUUAGUACAGUACUCAAUGUUUCCACCAAAGAACAGAUCCGUUCUGCAUUCCCCGAGUUUGUCUCCUCCUUUGAAGGCCAAACCAGUGUGAACUUCUCCUCAGCCGCCAAAGUAUACUCUGAUCAAAAAUAUCCAUUGAGUGACGGCUUUAAGAAAGACUCUGUCGACGUUGUACACGCCGAUGCCCAAGAACUUGACUUUAGUAAGAAUACUGAAGCUGCGAAUACUAUCAAUUCUUGGGUUGAAAGCCAAACGAACAAUCGUAUCCAUGAUUUGAUUCAGCCUUCUGAUCUAUCAGAUUUAACGCGACUGGUGUUGGUCAAUGCUAUUUAUUUCAAGGGUGAAUGGCAUUACGCAUUCAACAAAGACAAGACCAUCAAGGACGCAGAUUUCUACUUGAGCGACGGAACGACUAAAAAGACCAAACUGAUGUACCAGGAGGGACAGUUCAACUACGGAGAAGUUCCUGAACUCAACUGCACGGUCCUUCAAAUGUUCUACAAAGGCGAUAAUUUCAGCAUGGUCGUAGUCUUGCCAAAUGAGAAAGAUGGCCUUUUAGAAGUCGCUAAAAACCUGCAGCUCAAAGCAGACUUCGAUAAAGUGACAGAAAGCUUGACCCGCCAGAAAGUUAAGGUGUACCUGCCCCCAUUCACAAUUGAAACGACAACCGAUCUUUCUGUUAUUCUUAAACAGUUGGGCGUUACCAAAAUAUUUGACACUGAGGACUCCGGACUGUCAGGAUUAUUGAAGACUUCUGAGAACACAUAUGUGUCUAAGGCCGUCCAGAAGGCGUUCAUUGAAGUUAAUGAGGAAGGAUCCGAAGCUGCUGCUGCUAAUGCCAUGCUAGUCGCAACGACAACGGCGAUCAUCGAUCCAAUCCCACCCAAAGAAAUUACGUUCAGAUGUGAUCGUAGUUUCUUAUACUACAUUGUCUGUAACGGAAACGUCCUCUUCGCUGGAUCGGUCGUAGACAUCAACUAGUGGUUAUUUAAACGUCUCUUGACACAUCCCAGUAUGGAGAAAUAUAAGACGUGUCCCUUUCAAAGUAAUAAAGUGCAU